UUCCACAGUGAGGAACACAGAAGAAAAGUGCACCGCGCGCUAGUAGGAAAGAACCGAAGAACGGUCCAUUUUAUUUCUUUGUGUACUUCUAACGACACGUGCGGGUCCAAGUUGGUACUAAGAAGUAAAGAUGUCCGCGAUUCCGAGCAACGUCUCCUACUACUGUGGGGGUAAACAAUACUCCUGCGGUUUCUACAAGCGUCCAGUAUCUGCUCAGCGGCCGAGCACCGCGACGUCCCGAGGGGUGUCCGCACGGAGAAGUCGACAGAAACCCGCGGCCAAGCAGGUGGAGAUAAAAACAGGAGUAGGUGCACCUGCACGCAAGGAAGGACAAGGAGAAGAUGAAGAGGUUCAUCUUACCCCACCUACGGAGGAGAAUAAAGUGCAUUCCCGACGGCCUAUCUCCGCGAACCGAGCUGUGCCCGCACAAACGGAGGUCACUAUCGGAAGCGAUUCGCGGGUGCUGCAGCGGAAGCCGCACUUGCUGCUGGCGCGUCCGUCCUCCGCGGUGGUGCCACCCUCCGCGUCGGCGUCCACCGGAAAAGCGGUGAUGGCAAGCAUCGCCGAGAACCGCCCACAGAGCGCGGCAGUCGCGAGGCCCAAAAGUGCAGCGGCUGCGCGGCCGCAGAGUGGGGCAGUUGCCAGACCGGGUAGCGCAGUGGGAGGAACGUCGAGUAGUAGACCGGGGAGCGCUUCAACAUCUUCAGGGCCGCAGGGUAGCAGCGAUCAGCGGGCCGGCGGGGCAGUGUCUACUCACGGUGGAGGAGUAAUUGUCAGCGCACCGUCGUCUGCAGGUGAAGUUUUUUUGGGACUACAUACACAUAGAGGAGGCGGUGGUGCGAGAAGUAGAUUUGUUUACUUGCUGCAGUGAGCAGCAAUAGGACAAUGCUAAUGCAAUCAUGGUGUGGGUUAACGAGAACAUCAACUUACUGCUUCAAUCAGGUUGUAGUGAAUUAAGUUGCAGUGGAUGAACUACAUGUGAAAAUCCUAUCAGGGCCGCCGUCGAGUCGUCCCGGGUCCGCGUUCAACCGCAGCGUGUGCAACGCGUUGAUGACCCAACCAUCCCUGGCUACGUACGGCGCCAACGAGCGGAUUCUGUGUGUUCCGCGCCCCGUCAGCGCCGCCUACCCACGAGAUGAACAAGAGAACGCGUCUGGAGGUUGUACUGAGCCAGCAAACAGCGGGUCGUCACACCCACCGAGCAGUGGACCAGCCGCAGCUAUGUUUUACCCGGAAACAAGUGGGAGCAACGUGAACAGCAAGACGACUAGUACAGGAAGCCACCAGAACUACGGCAUGCGGCCGCUCGGCGAGCUUGCCGCCGACCACGUGUACCGCGAGGCCAUGAGUCGCAAAAACCGCGAAAAGCGGGCGGAAGAAGAGAAGCGUGACGCAGAGCGGAAGAAAAAAGCGCUGGAAUUACGCGAGAGAACUACAUCAAGCGGGACGGGUACUGGUGCGGGGACGGCGACAGGUGGAGCGGGCGACCAGCAGAACGUUGACAUCGAAAACCAGGAUCCGAAAUCCGGAUCUUUUGCACCUGCUCCGACCAAGCCGAAGGGCGGUGCUGGCGGCGGGCGUCCGGCGCCGGCGGAACUCGCGUCCAUGGACGAAGUGAUCUUCAAACAAGAGCUGCCCGGGUACAUGAAGGGCAGACGCGUGGUGAACAAUCCAAACAAGAAAAGCCGCGCGGAACAGGUAAUAUCCACGGUGCAAAGAUGUAGUCUGGGUCUGGAAAAUUGCAGGGAGUUGGCAUGCGGCUUUUGCAUCAACCAGAAAACCUGAUCUUCACUGGUUUCCUCGAACAAGUAUGCCUAUGAGCCCGCAUCAGGAGUUCGCUCUCGGAUAUUGAUUGACACCAAGCGAGCAGUAGAAACUUCUCUUCCAUCGUCUUUGCAUGACAGAUUUUUUUCAUCGUCAGACUUCCGACGGUCCGCAUGACAAAUUUGCCUCUUCCCAGAACACCUCCAGACGUAAAUUUCCAUAUGGAUACGUGACGGCCUACAACAAGUUUGUGUACCGGAACGACCGGCAGACGCAGUGCCAGAGCGGAGCCGCAACAGGACCGCAGAUGAUGACCGGGCAACAAGGUAAAGAAGAAGGUGGUCAACAUACACGACACCAAAACCACGAGGCUGGGGAGACCAACGACGACGACGCAGAAGUAGAUGCGGGGACGUUCUGGGCCGGAAAUGUGCUGACGUGGACGAGCAAAAAGUUGCGUCCUUAUUCCGGAAAAAUGGCUGCACAGAAUUCCUCUUCUAUUGCAGAGGAAAACAAGAUUGGAGAUGAUACGAAGCCGAUGGAAGUAGAGCAGCCGGAGCACGUUCUUGCUGCGAACAAUUCCAGUGCUUCAUCUCUCAACAUCGCGAACAAGACGACGAACUGGAACUACGAGCCGGCCGAAUUUCUCCAGCAUCACCCCCCCCGCAACUUGACCGGCACCUUUCAUCGCCGCAACUUGGUCUUUUUUGUCAAGAACAAACCCGCCGUGCCCCGGCCCUACUCGGUGAAGCGCGUCGCGGACAGGAUGGAAGCAGCUUCCGCUCCUGCAACAAAUGCUACUUCCUCUGGAGGACCUUCGAAUCGGCCGGAGCCGACCAACAUCCACACCGUGGUCCCGCCGAAAAACUCGUCUCUGGCCGCGGCAUUGAUCCGGGGUGGCGAGAGCAAGCAGAGGCACCUGCAGGAUUUGAAGCACAUCCUGGAGGCGGACGAUCUCACGUUGGAGGGCGACGAAAUUGUUUAUCGCGAAGGGGAAUUGUCGCCGUGAGGGUCGUCAGGUGGACCACGAAGGGGCAGUGGAGAAUCUCAAAUUUUUGAGAGAUUUGAUGAAAGUAGAGACUAGAAUUUAUCGCUUAGAAGUCAGUGUGGAUCUUUAUCUUUUUUAUGCAAAAAGCAAAACGUUUUUUCAAGUUCUGGCCGAUGACGAGGGAGUGCAAUGAAUUGCGACUUGCCAUUUGCUCUCGCAGGUUUUUCAUCUAAAUGCCAAGGGGUACCACGGAUUAGCCUGCGACGCCUAUCGCGUCUUCAAGUUUGUUAAAGUAGCAUGGCCAAAAUGCCAGUAUUAAGUUCUUGCUUUGGCAGCAAUACUAAUACCGUCCUAGGCUUAGAAUUCCUUUUCAUUCUUUGUGCGGAUCUAAUUGCAGCAGAGCUAUACAAUGUUGAGUUGUCAGGAAGAAAAAUCACGAUAAUAUGGGUAAUUUGUGACCGGAAUGAGCUAGAGCUAUGUUUAAACGGGGACGUUGAGUAUCAAGUCUUUUGACAGACAAGCACAAGUUGAAAGUUUUACUUCGGUGGUCAAAGAGGCUGGCAGCAACAGCAAGACCACGUUUUUUGGAACCGAAUGGAGUAUGAAUCUAAAGCAAUAAUUGAAGGCCUUGGCCCAAUUGCAGGCCUGGCUGCGCAAGAUGCAUUUCUCCUGAUCCUCC